CAUGCUUUGCUUUGGUGUCAGGUGGACUGCAGCGUUUCCCUCACAGCUGAUAUAAAUCCAGAUGUUUGAGAGUUUUGAAUGGAAACUAACUCAGCUCAGUUUAUUUUAAAGUGUCUCAUCGUCUUCCUGACGGCUGAGCUGCUGUUAGCGGACGGAGGCUGGUUUCUAAACUCAGAUUACAGAUUAAAGGAUGAAGGUCUCUGUAACAUCGACGUGUUGGACAGCUCGUCGCUCUCACAUCAGCAGUUCAUUGAAAGAUAUGCGUACAGCCGGCCGGUCAUCCUCAGAGGUCUGACUGAUAACACAAAAUUCAGGUCUUUGUGCUCCAAGUCGAGCUUACUGGAAGAAUAUGGCGACCGGAAAGUGCGUCUCAGUACAGCGAACACUUACUCCUACAAGAAAGUGGACGUCCCUUUCAAAGAGUAUGUGGAGAUGUUACUGAGGCCUCAGUCUGCGGACUCUCUCGGCAGCGACACGCUGUAUUUCUUCGGCGACAACAACUUCACAGAGUGGCGACUUCUGUUCGAGCACUACGAGUCUCCGCCGUACGUGCUGCCUCACACCAGCGGAGCGUACAGCUUCGGGAUCGCAGGUGCUGGAACAGGAGUCCCUUUCCACUGGCACGGCCCCGGUUACUCUGAAGUCAUCUAUGGCAGGAAGCGCUGGUUCCUCUACCCGCCCGAUCAGGAGCCUCAUUUCCACCCGAACUACACCACCCUGUCCUGGGUGACCGACACCUACCCCAACCUGCCUGAGAACGAGGCUCCUCUGGAGUGCACCAUCAGACCUGGAGAGGUGCUGUAUUUCCCGGACCGCUGGUGGCACGCCACUCUGAACCUGGACACCAGCGUCUUUAUCUCCACCUUCCUCGGCUGAGCUGAGACAAAACCUCACACUCAAAUACUGACAAACUGAAUCUGAUGUUUCAGAGAGAAAGGUUGCGUUAAUUAAGAGAUGAGAUGUAUGUAUGUCAUUUUAAUCUGGAGGGAUGCAGCACAGUUACAUUCCAAGUCUGAACUCAUUCCUUAUUUGUGCUUUAUUAUAAUAAUAAUAAUACUAAUAAUAAUAGUAAUAAUAGUAAUAAUAGUGCUGUGUUUUGAAGACCAAAGCAAGAAAAGAGACAAACCAGACUCUUGAUAUCAGGGAAAAUAUGUUUAAAUUAUAUGUAACUUUAUAAUAAUUUAUGAAUGAGAUUUGAAUAAAUGCUCUGUGCUGUCUGCAUUGCGGAGGCCUGCUAUUACAUUUUUUAAAGAAACAACAUAAUUUUUGUGGUUCUUGUUUCAUGUUUGGUUUCUUAACUUUUGAGUGACUUAACGUCAGUUUUAUGUUUAACCUUCGUGUCGUCCUCCCGGGUCAAAUUGACCGUGUCUGUUUUGACUGUUUCGUCUUUCCUUCCCUCCUUCCUUCC